AUGUUAUUUUCUUAAGGAGAAUCCUUCCUUACAUAUUCUGUCAAAUCUACUCCCUCCAUAAAAUUAGAGAUGGUUGAGAGAAGUAUAUAGGGAAAGAAAAUAAUCAUCUCAUCAUCAUAUUAUUAAUGUUACCAUUAAUUAUUUUCUUUUGAAUUCAUUUUUAACUGCACCUUAAUAACAUUAAUUCUUAUUCCAUAACUUAUGCAACAUUUCCACUAAAUUCCUGAAAUUAAAUAUUUAAUACAAAAAGAUAAUCUGUUUUCAUCAAAUUCUACAUCCAAUUACAAAAAACAUUCUAUAUUCGUUUCUGCUCAAAUUAAGAAUAAAAAGAGUUAGAACUGCAAUAAAAUCAAAAUUCACUCCAUAUUUUGGUGGUUGGUUAAGGAAGAUAAAUUUAUUUAGACCUACAACCUUCACUUCUAAGUAAAUAUCUCCUUAUUCAUUUUUAAUUCCACCACAUAAUAGUUGAACUCCUUUAAAUUGAAUUUCAAUGACAAUACCAUAGUUCUUCCAUUAUUUGAAAGCCCAAUCCAUUUUAUUACAUUAUGUAAUUUUCAUGGAUUCUUCCAAGAGUCCAUAUCUAAAGUUUAAGGAUCAAAGUUUUUUCAGUCUCAUUUAUGA